CUGUAUUUUUGGUAUAUAGUUGGUGAAUUCAGAUGUCAUGAAAAGAUUGACUUGGCAAUAUUAGUGGACUGCUCAGCGAGUGUCACAGAAGACCAGUUUGCUGCUACCAAGGAAUUUGCUGCGGAACUCGUAAAACACUUCGAUAUUUCAAAGAAAAGGGCAAACGUGGCUGCUAUUUCAUUUAGCCAGUACGUUCACACGAAAAAGGAUUUCAAAGAUGAUACGUCCUGGGAAUCUGUCUUGAAGGCCAUAAAUGAACUCGACUAUGAAGGAUCCUUCACGAGACUGGAUUUUGCCCUUGAAACUUUACGGGAACGUACCUUCAACAAAGCUUACGGGGCAAGAGCUCCUAGUAAAGGUACUUAAUGCACCCAUUCUCUAAUGCAUUUACAACUUUUUAUGUUGAAAUCAAAACUUGCGCGAUAGCCACUAUUGCCCGCGGUUAGAUGUGUACCGAUUAGUGUCCUAGACCCUGACCAUAUUUAAGGAUGAGGCAAAAAAUAAUUGAUACUCAACCUAAAAAAUGACACACUGUUUGUAUUUUCUAAGCUUCUCUUUCAUCCGCUUGUCAAUCCGUCAACCUCGUAACCUUAGGAAAAAUAGGCUGGUGGACCAUUUUAUUCCUGCAUAGUUCCCGGUUUGGGUAAAGCCUAAUCCUUCGGCCGAAGGUGUGUCGACCCGAAACAUCCCACCACGCCCGAGAAAAAAAGUGUAGUUUACAUGAAGUGCAAGCUCAGACAGGGCAACUUUCUGAAUACCCAGCCUCACUCCCCCUCCCCCCUACUUUCACUCGUUAAUUUCACUUGCUAAUUCACUCGUGUAAUUCGCCACUUCAAAAAUAAGAGGGAAACUGGGACGAGAUAACUUUCGCAAAGAAUUCUGGGACUCUUACCAAGGACAGCGAAAAUUUAGCCAAUAGUUGUCCAGCGUGUCACCAGUAACGAUCCCAGAACCAAUUGCCGGACGCAUUUCGGCUCCAGUUCCCUUCUUCAUUCUUAAGCCCCGUGUGCAAAUGGCCGCAACAUAGCUGGAUGCUACAUGUUGCGUCCCUUUGCACACCCUGUUGCAUGGUGUUGUGUGUUGUUGCGCAAAGUUUGAAACCCCGCGGUCAAACUUUUAGCUACGUGAAAAAGGGCGCCACAACACCCAACAUUGUUGGCCCAACAAUGUUGGGAGUUGUUGCCUCCGUUUGUACGUAGCUUUAUAUGGCACUGUACUGUUCUUCUCGCAGAUGUAAAAAGAAUUGUUGUCGUCAUAACAGACGGAUUCAGCAGCUUAAGAUUUGAGUAUACAAAAGAGCUAACAGACCAGCUGAAGCAGAGCAGAAUCCAGUUUUUCUCCGUGGGAACGUCUAAACGAGUGAAUAAACCAGAGUUAGACGAAAUUUCCAGUCAACCAGUAGACAUUCAUAAACGUAUAGUGGACCUUAAA